UUUGUCUCGUAUGUGAUUUUAAUUAAUUUGUUGUCCUGUUUUCUUACAUUUAUUUCAUUUUUAUUUAUUUCUUAUUACAAAUUUAACGACAUAUUUUACUCAACGAUAGAAAAAUAAUUAAAUAACUUUAUUGUCUUAAUAGCAAUGGAUAUUUUAAAGGCUGAAAUAGCUAGAAAGAGAAAAUUACUUGAAGAAAAAAAUAUUCUUGACCCAAACAAAAGCAAAAAAUAUUUCAAAAGGGGUGAUUUAUUAGCGAAAGAACAAGAGGAAUACUUUAGAAAGUAUGGACCAAGUAAAACUGAGGAUAUGAAGAGUAAUAUUGUUGUGGAGCAAUCUGAAACAGGCACUAAACAAGAUAAAUCAGAAACAGAACAAACAGAAAUUGUGUUAUUACCAAGAUCUGAAGUGAUUAAGAGGUUGAGAGAAAGAGGACACCCUAUAUUGUUAUAUGGAGAAAAUGAAGUACAGUCAUUUAGGAGAUUAAGGAGGAUAGAAAUUCAGGAGCCUGAAGCAAACAGGGGCUUUAGAAAUGACUUCCAGGAGGCUAUGGAUAAAGUAGAUCAAGCCUAUUUAAAUGAAAUAUUAGCACUUGGAACACAGAGUGAUACAGAGAAGUCUUUAAAGGAAGAUGCAUUAGAUGACUGCAUUACAUAUGAAUUCAUUCAAGAAAUGGCCAAAACCAUGGGACAAGGCGACAGAAAUCAUGAUAUGAAUGUAAUAAUGACUCUUUUACAGUUCCUUCUCAAGUUAUGGGGUCAACAACUAAAUUCUGCUACUGGUGCAGAAAAAACAGCAAUAAAGCAUAAAAUGACUAGAGCAACAUUCACACAAACACAAGUAUAUCUCAAACCAUUAAUGAGAAAAUUGAAGAAGAAAAAUUUACCAGAGGAUAUUUGUGACAGUCUAAUGGAAAUUACGAAACAUUUAUUAGAAAGAAAUUAUAUUAUGGCAAGUGACGCAUAUUUACAGAUGGCAAUAGGUAAUGCGCCAUGGCCUAUUGGUGUCACUAUGGUGGGUAUUCAUGCCCGAACUGGACGAGAAAAGAUUUUUUCCAAAAAUGUGGCCCAUGUUAUGAAUGACGAAACCCAAAGGAAAUACAUUCAAGCACUAAAGAGACUGAUGACUAAAUGCCAAGAAUAUUUUCCAACCGAUCCAUCUAGAUGUGUGGAGUAUAGUACGACAGGAUAA